AUGCUGCCUACUGGCGUCGCCAUCCGCAACCACCGCGACGAAGCCAUCUUCGCCAACCACCGCUUCCGCAACCUCAUGACCAAGCGCGACCUGCGCUCCUUUGACUGCUGGCCACAAUCCGUCCAUCCCGACGAAUACGACCGCCUCGCGACCGCCUACCACGACGCCUCCCGUGCCCAGCAGCCCCUCUGCAUCCAGUACCGCACCCGCGACGAUGACUCGCGCCCUCUUCGGCCUCACCAGCGCCGGCGGCGCCAUCUACACUAUCGCCGACAUCACCCAGGAAAAGACCGCCGAGCUUUCCCAGCGGCAAAUCGCCGAGGAAGUUCAGCAGCGCAAGACCCAGCAGGAGCGGUUCAUCGACAUGAUCAGCCACGAAGUACGGAACCCGCUCUCCGCCAUCCUGCACUGCACCGAGGACAUUCUCAACGCGGUGCACCGGAUCCGGGACGGGGCAGAGCACGCCGGAGGAGACGCAUGCGACGAUUGUCAGUCGGCGGCUGUGUCAUCAGCACGGGGGCGAGAUCGGGAUGA